GGAGAGGGGCAGCAGAGGAGUAUGGCCCGAUCAAAGAGAUUUAAUGUGGCGAAAUCUUCUGGUGACUGCACUGUUUUGGUAUGGAGGCAAUGCCAUCCACCUCACUGUCUCCGGCAGAGGCGGAAACAAAACUAGUGAUCUUCUCUAUGGGAUCAUGUAUGAGGACAUCAACCACUCUGGGGACGGCGGGCUAUACGCAGAAUUGAUCCGUAACAGAGCAUUCCAAGGAUCGGCAACCCCGACACUCGAGGCAUACCGAGCCAUCGGUGGAGUGAGUCUCUAUAUUGACACGAAUAAUUCUCUGUCUACUGCCCUUCCCAAUGUCCUUCGAGUCGAUGUCCCAGCCGGAGCUACAGGCGAGGUUGGAUUCUUGAACGAAGGUUUCUGGGGAAUCAACGUCGAGCCACAAGUAUACGACGCGUCCUUCUAUACCAAAGGAUUCAAAGUUUCGUCGUCCAAUCCGUCAAAAUGGACCCAGGUUAGCACAAAGCUGGUCCCGACUCGUCCUGCUCCGGAUACACACAACGUUUUUGCCGUCACAUUCGAUGCCAAAAAGGUUGCAGGAAAGUCUGUGUUCUUCAACCUGAUCAGUCUCUUCCCUCCCACCCACAAUAACCGUAAAAAUGGCUUGCGUCCGGAACUCAUGAAAGCUUUGGGCGAUAUGAAAGGUUCAUUCCUUCGGUUUCCUGGUGGAAACAACCUGGAAGGGAACCAUAUUCAAGAGCGUUGGAAAUGGAACGAGACUAUUGGCCCUUUGAUCGACCGCCCAGGUCGUCCUGGUGCUUGGGGAUAUGCAAAUACGGAUGGAUUGGGGCUUUUGGAAUAUUGUCUCUGGGCGGAAGAUUUGGGACUCGAAUUGAUUCUUGGAGUCUAUUCUGGGCUAUCUCUCUCCGGGACCGAUAUUGUGCCGGAGAACCAACUUGCGCCGUUCAUUCAAGAGGCAUUAGAUGAGAUAGAAUAUGUGAGGGGCGAUGCGACAACCAAAUACGGAAAACUACGAGCACAACACGGGCACCCCAGACCUUUCAAGCUAAAGUUUGUGGAGGUCGGUAAUGAGGACUGGCUCUCGAAUGGUCUAGAAAGCUACAAUCAAUAUCGUCUCAAAGCUUACAACGAUGCUAUCAAAGCCAAAUAUCCCGAUAUCACGAUUAUAGCUAGUACUGAGCAGGCCACUGCACGGUCCGAAGGCAUGUGGAUUGAUACUCAUUUAUACCUGAGGCCAGAUGGGUUCUACCGUCGUUUCAAUUGGUUCGACAACUGGGAUCGUCGUUACCCAGUCUUUGUUGGAGAAUAUGCAGCUGUCCAGCCCAAUGAUCCCGUCGACCGAACCAAAGAGGAUGCGGAAUGGACUAGUGGUGCUCCACGCUUUGCUUUCCCUUCGCUCAUAGCUGCCGUUGGAGAAGCCGUGUUCACGAUUGGAAUGGAAAGGAACGCGGAUCUCGUAAAACUCAUCGCGUACGCACCAGUGAUGCAAAAUGUCGAUAGUUGGCAAUGGGUCCCCGAUCUUAUCUCUUUCAACGCCAAUCCUAAGGAUACUGUUCGCUCCUAUUCCUACUUUAUGCAACAGCUAUUUUCUCUCAACCGAGGGACCAAAGUUCUUCCAGUGACAAUUUUCUGGGUCGCCUCCAUCAAUGAAAACACUGGAGCAUACGUUCUGAAGUUUGCCAACUACGACGGAGCAGCCACCUCGAUCACCGUGAAGCUCCCAGACGCGUCCAAGAAGAAAGGCAAAGUGACCACUUUGACGGGGCCUCAUCCGGAUGCGUACAACUCAAUCAACAACUCUACGAGCAUCUUGAAGACAAAGGAUAUUCGUGCGACGAGAGAGUCAGAGUUUACGGUUGAUCUGGCUAGCUGGUCGGUAGUUGUGGCCGUGUUCACGUAG